AUGGUCCUGGAACGGAUGACCGGAAAUGGGAACGGAAAUAAAAUGAACAUGAGGAUCAAUAUUCUCGAAGCGAUUCUCAACAGUGAGACAGAAAACAGCAGUGACGGCUCCUCGGCCAGAGUAUUUUUUAUGAAUUUAUCUUUCAUCUAAAUUUGAUAAAUUUCAGGUAAACUCGCUGAAGCAAGUCAUUCGCCGGAAUAAGACGGACAUGGCUUCUGACGCGGUUUCUUCUCUUGACCUUAUGCGACAGGUGAAGCAGGAAAAAGUACCAGAAGGGAAAAUGGAAUGAAAAAACAUGUUUCGCACAAAAAAUUUAUUAAUAAAGUACUGACAGGAACUUGAGGGGUUUCUCAAAGACUUCAUGGAGAGGGCACUAAAGUGGCCACUAAAACCACGUUUAUAGAAGCCAAUUUUUUGCGCGUUAAAGGCCACCAUAGUCGUUUUUAGUGGUCUAGUAAUGUCACUUAGACUUCUCAAGAGGCCACUAAAUUUUAUUCACUUAAGUGGCCUCUAUUUGGACUAAUAUAGUAGCCAGUAAAACUUCAGAACCCUAUGGUGGCUACUAAGAACUUUCAUCGAUUAUUUUUUUGGCAGAAUGAUUUUUUUUUCCGCCAUCUUUUUUGCAGUUUCUUGGACUUCACCCUGUCCUUCAUGUUUCCGUGAGUCAUAACGGUGAAUUAUUUUAGAUAUUUCAAAACGAAAUCACUCGGGAGUUCCACCAGGUGAUGGACAGGUAUACGCGGACGACUUUCCUGCCAGCUAUCGAAAAUCUCAAAAGAAACGGCCAUGUUUUUCAGCUUCAUCUUCAUAUUUAUAAAGAUAAGUUCAGGACGUAGAUGAAGACGUGAUGAACUCGUUGUACGUCAGCAUGUUGGAAGCAGCCAAGAAGCCGUUUCUGAAGGCGCCGGCGCCAGUUUCAGAAUUCCCAGCGGCGCCAACUUUGCCUGGACCUUCUAUGACAGCUCCCAACGACUCGAUUAAUGAACGGGAUUUCGACGCGAAUUUUAAGGUUUUUCUGAAAGUUCGGCGCCUUAAGAAAAUGUAUAUUUUUAGAGAGGCUAUGAAUCGGAUGGUUCUGACGUCAGUGCCAUCAGCACUCACAGUAUUGAAGCUAAAAGAAGACGAGGAAGGCCGAGAAAGGUUUGAACAAGUGAAAAAUGUCUUCUGGAAACGUUUACCAUAGAAACUUGGCAGGGUUGACAGAAGCAAACACGUUUUGCAACAACCUUUCAUUUUUCAUGCUUCUGAAAAUAUUUAAAUGAACAAAUAAAGUUAUAAAAAUCAAAAAAAAAAACUUAUUUUUCUUUACAUUUCUCCAUCAAGGUCGUGUCUAAAAAGCCGCGUCGCGCACGCAACGCCACUCUUACCAAUCCACCGAUCUUGACUUUCAAUUUUGGAAGGAUUGACUAUAUCAGUUUUUUUCAGGACGAAGAAGCUUACCGUCUCGAAAUGGCCCCUCCAACGAUGCAAGACGUGCGAAGAUGGAGUCCGGAUCGGAUUCAUUUCGGCACGAAAUUCGUACCAGCUCUCAAGGUUCUUCAUUUUGUUUCGAAUCGACCAAAGUUCUCUUCAGAAGGAAAAGAAAAAUCAUCUUUUGAUUUCCAGGUCGCAGCUCUUCUGAACUUGCCUGUUUCCAUACUUUUCAACAAGUUUCCAAGAAUGUUCAAGGUAUCAUUUCAGCGAUAUUUAUUGUUUUGAAACCUGAUUAAGUUGACAAAUUGUCGAAGUUAGCGAUGAAGCUCAAUAUUGAAAAAAUUUCUGGUGUAGUUUGGAAAUAGAGCUUCUCAGAAAAGUUCGGCUCUUUUUGAAUGUGGUUAAAAGUCAGACCUUUUCUAUUUUUUUCAAAAAAUUGCAAAAAUAAUAGGAGUUUUAUAUUCAAUUUUUUUUUUCUAGAGUUUCAAGCUUUCUCCAAAUCAAACUAGGGCAUUAUUGAAGAUUCGUGUAUCAACUUCUCAUUGAGAAAAAAAAAAUCACAAGGGUUUUUGAGUACUCGUGCGACGAAGACGACAAGAACCAGCUGGCCGACGAGAAACGUGUGAUCCGAGCACCUGGAAGGUGUUACCUCGUCAUUGCCGAUGACGCGAAGAACAUCAUUCCGCCCCACACAAUGUUCGUAUUUCAAAAACAGAACAAAAUGUGUUUUUUAAUUUCUCGAGCCAUUUUUUUUCAAGUUUCCAACGAGUCAGAUUUUUUAAAAAUUUCAUUCGAGACUGUAACUGUCAAAAAAAAAUUUUUCAAGUCCUUUUUUUGAUCAUAUUUUCUAAAUUUUUCUCCAAUUUUCAAAGCUAUAGAUAUAUACAUCAAAUCUUCAACGAGUCUGGUUUUUGAUUUUUUUUUUUCUCAAACUCUUCCCUCGAAAUUUUCUUAUUUUGAAAACAGAAAUAUGUAGAAGAAAGAAGAAACUCAGAAGGGCGCUAGCAAUUAUUCUCCAAGAUUUUCUCGCUUCAAUGAUUUUCUUUCUCGUUUUCCACAUACACCCAAAAAGAACGUAAUCACCUAUAAUACCGAGAAAUGUGAAUUUUAAGAUUUGAAAAAGAAAAAUUGAAAUUGCUCAAGAUAAACGAUUUUUUAAAAUAUGAUUCUUUGAAUAUGUUUCUGACAGCCUUUGCAGCUGUUUUUGUUUUGGAGAAAAACCUGAAAAAUCUGAAAAAUUAAAAUAAAUAUUUUUCAAAUCAAUGCUCUAAAAUAAUAAAAAAAGGCCUUUCUUUAAAUAUUCGGUGUUUCAAUAGUUCAUUUAACAGUUUUUCCAAAGAUUCAUUUUUCUGAAAACUCAAUUAAUUUUUUUGCAGAGGCGAAGUCCAGAUGCACGCAUUCUCCCUGAACGAACCGAUGCUAUCCAAAAUCCGUCAGAAGGCCGCGCCGAUGUUUGAGAAACUCAAAGCCUGUCUACCUCCUCAGUCCUACUUCUGA